CUCCGGCGCCCGCGCCGCGCCCUAUGCCCGUCCGGCAGGUCCGAAUCGCUCGGCGUCGGGCUCGGGCAGCCGCAUGGCCUCGCGCGAUGCCUGGGAGGAGGACACGUUCAGCCACGAGCGUGAGUGCCGCCUCGCCGCAGCGGCCAAGCAUGCGCAAGGCGAGCGGAGCCACGCGAUGCACAGCACUGCAGCGCUUGCCGCUCGGCUAUGCCGAAGAGAUGCGCCCGCCCUGCGCCGCACCGUGUCUGCCGCUCGGCGUCGCCGCCUCUAGCUGACUCGCAUGCACCGACAGCGGAGCCGCAGCAGGCUGCUCCCUCGCCCUGGCCGCCGGCGACGCUCACCAUUCGCGGCGCCAGCGGGCCGACGUGGGUUAUCGUCGGCAACCUGAUGCUGGGCACGAGUGCGGAGGACAUUGAGGAGACGUUCAAGCAGUUCGGCGAGAUCGCAGAGAUCAAGCGUCGCGAGCCUCCGUCGCCGAACCAUCCAUCCAUGUCAUUCAACGUCGCCUUCAGCACGCGCGAGGCAGCACUGGCGUCGAUCCAGUCGAUGGACCGUGUCGUCGCCGAUGGCCGGGUGAUCUCCGUCUCGCUGGCGCACGGACCCGUCGUCUCUGGUCCAGCACGACUGCUGAACGCCGCCGGCGUCUCGCGCUCCGACGCUCCUGCUCCGCGUGUCGCCAGCGGCGCAGCCAUCGUGCAGCCGCUCGAGGCGGCCAAGGCGGUGCAGGCAGCGCUGCCGAAGCGUCAGGCGCAAGGCCAGCAGCAGCAGCAGCAAGCGCAGGCGAAGACAUCGAAGGCAGCGCAGCCGCAGGGCAAGAUCAAGGCGCCCGGCGGCGGCGUGCCCGUGCCUGUCGCCUCGCUCUCCUCGCGGCUCCUCACCGCCGCCGAGCUGCGUGCGCUGCAGAAGCGGCAGGCUCGCGACAAGGCGGCCGCUGCUGCCGCUGCAAAGCCUGCUGCUGGCGGCAAGGGCUCGACGAAGGGCGCAGCAUCGGCACCGAGCAACGGCAAGGGCCCGCAGGCCCAAGCAGGCUCGCUCAGCAGCCGCAUCGGCGCGCUGCCGCUGGCGCUGCGCCUCGCGGAGCAGAAGGCGCCACAGUCGCAGCUCGGCGUGCCGGCCGCAAGAGGCAAGGGCAAGGCGAAGAAGGGACCAGCAGGCGCAGCCAUGUCAGAUGUCGCCAUGCUCGACACUGCGUCGGCGAAGCGCAAGCGGUCGAGGCAGGGCAAGGGCAAGGGUGCUGCGACGGGCAUGGACGUUGACUGAAC